AUGAAUGUCAGUGCUGCUACACACAUGAUCCCGUACCAGACACUGUAUAUAGGUGAUCUCAAUGAAAAGUUGAUCAAAACUCAGGAUAUUCAGAGUCUAAAGAAGAUUUUAAGAAACAAGGUAUCAUACCCAUUACAGGCAGCCUUGCAACCUUCUUCAAAUUCCUCAUGCUGCAGAACCUGCAGUGUAAUGACACUAGUUAAGUCCAGGCCUUUUCGGGAAAAGCAAGGGAAGAUACUGCUGAAAGGUCGCAGGCUCGUUGCAGAUGAUCUCAAGGCUGGAGCUGUGCCGAAAGUUUUCUUCUCUAGCCGUCUAUAAUACAUAAAGAAGCUGCUCAUCUAUAAGCUGAAGGGUGUUAGCCUCAUUAAGAUGAAAUUUGAGGACAUCAAGGAUUGGCCCAACCUAGUAAUGCCACGAAUAAUGGGGAUUUUUGCCAAACCUGACCAUGUUAACAUGACAUAUCCAAAGACUCAGCUUUAGCACUCACUGCCUUUAUUAUUGAUUUGUGACAAUCUCUGUGACCCUGGGAACCUGGGGACAAUUCUGAGAUCUCCAGCUGGGGCAGGCUGCAGCAAAGUGUUACUCACAUUGAAAGGCUGUGUGAAUGCCUGGGAGCCCAAAGUGCUACAGGCGGGUAUGGGUGCACAUUUCCAGGUGCCCAUUAUCAAUAAUCUGAACAAAACAGUGCCAAAUUACCUGCCCCCUGACACCCAGGUCUGUGUGGCUGACAACUGAAGCCUUUAUGCUCAGGCUCAGAUGUCUAAUAAAGCCAAUGACUAUGGCUGGGUGUAUGAUUGGUGAUUCCUGAAGUUUCACAAGUAUGAAGAAAAGGAAGGUCUAGAAACUGGAGCCGGUAAAGGUUUGCUGCCUGUUAUUGAGGUUCAGAGUUAUGACUUGGACUGGACAGAGGCACCAACAGCUGUAGUGGUUGGCGGUGAGACCUACGGCAUGAGCCUGGAGUCUCUGUAGUUGGCCGAGAGCCCUGCGGGCAAGAGGCUGCUGAUUCCUGUUGCACCUGGAGUGGUCAGCCUCAACUCGGCCAUGGCUGCACGCAUCCUGCUUUUUGAAGGGAAAUGACAACUGCAGGUGAGGGCGGAACACUUGAGCAGGGACAGGACUUACCACUGA